AUGCUCUCACCGACCACGAUACCAUAUUCCUUCCUAGUCAUGGAUACUAACCAAACAAAACCCUUUUUCACUAUCACUGUUACCAAGACUAAUUACAAAGAAGUUUCUGAAACAAUCAAAGCAUCAGACCUCUCAAAAAUAUUUAUUACUGCUGAUUGUAAAGCUCUCGCAGAAAAUAUUGCUCCCGACACUGAUAUAAGUAAUAGUCUACAGCCAACUAAUACAAUACUAAAUUCCGUGAUCCUAACAGAUGCCGAUAUACCUGAAAUUCUGAACACCAUUAACGCGUUAAAAAUCGAUAGCUCCAUGGGCUGGGACAAUAUUCCCUCCGCUAUCCUUCACGGAGAACAAUAUAUAGAGUUUGUGAGCGACUUCCCCGGCACCGAGGGCGAAUUCACGAUACGUAACUACGUGGUAGAUAUCCUGGACAAGGGAUCCAGUGCGGUGGCCAUUGUUAACAGUGAGAUAUACCAGAACAAGAGUUUGGUAUUUCGUACUCAGCAGCACGUGUUCGUGCUGGGUCAGGGUGGUUUCGGUGGACCUCGCAACAGCAGCAAGGCGGUGAAUGUUGCCGCUGCGCCCAAACGAGCGCCUGAUGCUGUCGUUGAGCAGAAGACCAGCGAAGACCAAGCGGCACUCUACAGAUUGUCCGGUGAUCUGAACCCGUUACACAUUGACCCCAACGUAGCGACAGCUGCUGGUCAUCAGAAGCCAAUCCUCCACGGCCUGGCUUCACUCGGAUUUUCCGUAAGACAUGUUCUAGCCAAAUAUGGCGGUAAUGAUGCAUCUUUGGUGAAGGCUGUGAAGGCGCGUUUCGCCAAGCCAGUGCUGCCGGGACAAACUCUCGCCACUGAGAUGUGGGUGGAGGGUACACGGGUACAUUUCCAGACCAAGACGAAGGAAACCGGCAAUAUUGUUAUUUCAGGUGCUUUCGUUGAUCUUAAGAAAGUUGUCAAGAGUGGUACCGCAGCAUCUUCUGCACCAAGUCAGCAAUCAUCAUCAUCCUUAAAGAGUGAUGGACUGUUUGCAAAGAUUGAUGAACAAGUCAAAGCCAAUCCGUCACUGGCUAAAUCUAUUGGAGCUGUCUAUCUCUACAAUAUUACUGAGAACGGAAAGACAGUCAAGCAAUGGACCUUGGACCUCAAGACCGGGUCAGUUCAUGAAGGUGCACCGAAAAGUGGUAAACCGGAUACAACUAUGACAUUAUCGGAUGAAGACCUCAUAGCCUUAGCAUCCGGUAGUCUCAACCCACAAACUGCAUUUUUGAAAGGCAAGCUGAAGAUUGCCGGGAAUAUGAUGCUCGCUCAGAAACUCCAACCUCUUUUAAAAUCCGGAUCCAAACUAUAAAUAUAUAUAUGGGUUGUUACUUCCAAUAU